ACGUUUAAAUCCUUGAUGAACUUUGGAGGCUACAAGGAUUCUUAUUAUCCUAAUGUAGAUAGGUACCAUAGUGGCCCUGCUGGUGGCUACCACCACAGCGGAUCUGGAGGAUACCAUCAUAGCGAAUCUGGAGGAUAUCAUCAUAGUUCUCGAGGUGGCAAAGGCAAAGGAGGUGACAAGGGAGCUGCACUCAGUGCUCUAACGUUGCUUGCUUUUCUCUUCUUACUAAACAUCAUGCAGCAAUCGAUGCAGGACCAGAAUUCGAUGAUAACGACGACAGCGGCAACGAUUGUUCUGCGUGACAACGAUCAGCCAGUGGCGGUGGACUCGAAGGAGGAAAAGGAGAAUGCUAAGAGGGAGGAGACGAAACGCGUCAGUAGUUACAGGACGCCAGCAAAAUCCAAGAUCCAAAGGCUUAACAGUCAAUAUAUUAAAUGAAAUCAGAUUAGUACACAAUGAUUCAGUACAGAGUUAGUUGAAAGUAGAUGAAUUAAAAUGAAGAACUUUGCACCGAGACCAGAAUCGCAAGCUGUUCUCGUACACGUUUAACAAUGUCAUCGUUAAAAGAUCGCCAGCAUUGAAAUCGUAUUAAGAUAAUAUUUAUUGAAUUCAUUCUGUAACAAUUCCAUAAACAGACGUGCUUCGAAAUAUCGUAUAAG